UGAGCAGAAACUAGAGUAAUAUGGAGGAAGUGAAGGUAAUAGGAUUCUGGGCAAGUCCAUAUGUUUACAGGGUUACAUGGGCUCUGAAACUCAAGGGAGUUGAAUAUGAAUAUCAAGAAGAGGACAUAUUCAACAAGAGUGAUUUGCUUCUUCAAUACAACCCAGUGCACAAGACGGUUCCAGUAUUUGUUCAUGGUGGAAAGCUGAUUCCUGAGUCGAUUGUCAUUCUGGAGUACAUUGAAGAGACAUGGCCGCAGAACCCUCUGCUUCCAACAGACCCUCAUGCAAGGGCCAUGGCUAGAUUCUGGACAAAGUUUGGAGAUGACAAGAAGCCGGAGUUUCUCGGAUUCUUGGGAAGAACUGGAGAAGAGCAAAGGGAAGCAGUAAAAAGUGCCCAGGAGUGUCUGAAGAUCUUAGAAGAGCAUGGCCUUGAGGAGAAGAAGUUCUUUGAUGGUGACGAGAUUGGAAUGACAGACUUAUCCUUAGGAUGGAUAGCAUUCUACUUUGAGGCCAUGGAAGAAGCAGCUGGUGUACAAGUUCUGGAAGCCACUAGCUUCCCUCGCUUGCACGCAUGGAUCAGAAAUUUCAAGGAAGUUCAGGUGAUUAAAGAAAAUCAUCCUGACCAAGCUCGCCUGUUAGCCUAUUUCAAAUGGCUAAGGGAGAUGUAUGCCAAGCCAGCGACUACUUGAUAUCCUCAUCUAAAUUUCAAACAAUAGCACUUGUACCACGUAUGAAUGACGGUUGAAACAGAACCAAUAAACAAGGAAUGAUAUCAGUGUAUAGUUUUAAUCACAUCAAGUUUAUAUUUGAAACUCUGUAUAAGCUUCACAAAACCUUCAUUAACCACCAGAUGACAAGCUUUUGUGAAAAUAAAUGAGCAGAGGUUCCGAUA